UUUCUGUACUUUUCUUCUUAUCGACUACUCAGGCGGCUCCUUCGUUCCAAUGUUCUCUCUUCUAUAGAAGGAGAGGAAAGGAACCCCCAAUCUAGAAACCUUUGCCUCCCCUCCGCCGCCGAAGAUGCCCCAGCAGGCGCCGCAGCCAGGGACCGCCUCUCACGUCCUCGACUCUGUACCGCUCUUCGUCAUCGUCCUCGGCGCCGUCCAUGUCCUAGCCCUCGUGUACUGGAUCUACAAGCUGGCCUCCCAAAAGCAACCCACGCGGAGCAAGACGCAGUGAUCACGCCCGGGAUCUCAUCGCACGACUUCGCUGCUCUCUUCUUUGACUGAUUGUUAUGUGAGAACACUAUAGCCCCAUUAGGCAUCAGCAGGUUCACAAAAAACAAAGGAAGGGGAAGAGGGAUUCUGAGAAUCGGAGGGGUAGAGAAGAGGGAAGUGAGAAGAGGGAAGAGCUACCAGGUUACCUGCUGCCGGAUCCUGGGGUUGGACGCUGGAGGGUGGAACCAGCGGCACCGAGUCUCGAGGCGCUGCAUCUGGAAAAUCCGGCGGCCGCGCAGCGUCGAAGGAGCGCUUGAGGUAGGUCACGGGCCUCACGGCUGUGGCGAAUGAUUCCUGAUCCUGCAGGUUAGGUUUUUUUUGUCGAGCAUCCCGAUCCCCCGUAGCCGUGUCUUGCUCGUGUCUCGAAUUUUAAAUUUUUUUAAUUAAAAAUCUGGGACACUUGGGGACACCCGUGUCGGGGCAUGUCCCUGCGUGUCCCGCACGGCGGCACGGGAGGUCUAGCCAUAUUGGUGCUUUCGAGCUAAUAAAUAUAUAUUCUCUGGUUUUGUUCUCCCUGUAGACUGAAUAUCCACUUGAAUUGAUAGAAUUCUUCUGGUACAGUAUACUUAAUCAUGCCUGAAAUGUCAAUGUAAUCAAGGUGCAUUGAUAAUUUGAUAUUACCGAUGGUCAACGUAAAAAGCAUGUAGUUAUAGUGAAAAAACAGCUUUGGUGCUUGAACUAUAGGUAGCUACUAGCUCGUUACCUGGCCCAGUCGAUUGUCUUGUGAUUAACAUAGGAAGCAUAUAUACCUGACGUAUUUGUGGGCAAAAUCAUUGUAUUUUAUAUUUCCAUUUUGGAUAUAUCUUGGCUGAGCAUUUAAUCCCGAGGGCCCCUGGCCCAUAAUAUGCCCAUCGCACAUGCGAGGGGUUGCAAUUGAUCUGCAACCUGGGCCAUUUCCAAUACAUUGGCGUCAGUCUACUUGCUGAAAUGGUUAGCCUGUGAGCCAGUUCAAAAUAUUUGUGUAAGAAUAACAUGAACUAUUUAUUUUCCUCUGCCCGGUGGAAGAAUCCACAUGCAUGGGAAGGACCCAAUAGGAUGUUCCACCAACGUCAAACCGGGGCAAUCAUGACCUUGCAAAUACACAGGCAAAGUGCUGCAACGAUCAGAUCUAAAAUCAG